AUGGCUAGGGCAUGCAGUCUAGGCCUGCCACUGCUGCUGCUGCUGCCAGCUGUGGUCAGUGCCUCUUUGCCUGUCACUGUGGUCCGUCUCAACAAGGCAGCACUGAACUAUGUGUCGGACAUCGGCAAAGCCCCCCUCCAGCGGGCCCUGCAGGUCCCAGUUUCAGAUUUCCUGGAUCGGAGUGGUGAGGUGCUUCAGUCUACCAGGGUUCAGAUUCUGGAUGUUCACCUGCCCCGCCUCCACUUGAAAUUCAUUGCUGGUUUGGGGGUACACUUAACAGCGGCAAUCAAUUUCACGGUCAAAGUCUUUCGAGUUCCAGAGCCCAUGGAGCUGGUGUUGUCUGUGGCCUUGCUGGCUGAUGUGCGCGUGGCCCGGGAUUCCAUUGGGACCCUUGUGCUCAGCAUCUCCACCUGCUCUUUGCUCUUCAGCCCAGCAGGCAUGCUGGACAGCAGUAACAGUACCUCCCAGGAGCUGCUGGACCUGGUGCAGGAGCACAUCAAAGCUGACCUGAGCAACAAGCUGUGUUUACAAGUCUCUGGCCUGGUUCAGGACCUCAAUGUCCAUUUGGGCACUUUAAUUGGGCUCAGUCCUGUGGGCCCCGAGUCUCAGAUCCGCUACUCCGUGAUCAGUGGGCCCACUAUCACCAGUAACUAUAUGUCUAUGGAUGUCAGAGCUAUUCUCUUCCUGCUUGGCAAGGCCAUCAUCCUGCCUGUGCAUGGUUCUCAGCCCUUUGUGUUGCCAUGGCCUUCGGGUGAUGAAGGUGCCAUGGCAACCGUGGGGCUCUCCCAGCACCUGUUCGACUGUGCCCUUCUGAUGCUGCAAAAGGCUGGUUCCCUCAACCUGGAAAUCACAGGGCAGCUGAAUUCAAAGAACAACCCUCUGAACACCUCCAUGCUGGGCCAGCUCAUCCCUGAGGUGGCUCACCAGUUUCCAGAGCCCAUGCCUGUGGUACUCAAGGUACAGCUGGGUGCCACGCCCGUGGCCACACUCCACACCAACAACUCCACUCUGCAGCUGCAGCCCUUUAUAGAAGUCCUCACUGCAUCCCCCAACUCAGCCUUGCAACUCCUCUUCUCCCUGGAUGUGAUGGUGAACCUGAACCUUCAGCUCUUUGUAUCCAAGGCAAAGCUUCGGGGAACCACGUCUAUGCUGGGGGGGGUCCAGCUUUCUGUGGUCACCUCCAAUGUGGGCUCCAUUGAUAUGGAUCAAGUGUACACACUCAUAAGCACCGUAUUCCAGAAGCCCCUGCUGGAUCACUUCAAUGCUCUCCUGGGCAUGGGGAUUGCCCUCCCUAGUGUGCUCAAUCUCCACUAUGUCCACUCGGAGGUCUCUGUCUGUGAGGGAUAUGUUGUGAUAUCCAGUGGAUUCGCCUACCAGCGCUGAGCCAGGAUUAUGAGGAGGGCCAGCUAUUCAAGAGCCUUCUUUCCCCAAGCCUGGGGACACUGAGGCAGAGCCAUGUGGAAUCAUCAUCAGCAAUCCAGACUGCCUUCCAGGCUGCUUAAUCUUUGCU